AUGGUUCCCAGCCUCAAGCUUUGCCUCGUCGCCCUUCUCGGCGCAGCCUCUGUCCAAGCUGCCCCGGCAUCUGACAUUGUGCCUACUACCGCCUCCGCGCUGGAACGCCGGGCGUCUAGUUGCACCUUCACCGGCUCCAAGGGCGCCGCCUCCGCUAUCAAGGCCAAGAAGUCCUGCUCGACCAUCACUCUGAACAAUGUCGCCGUCCCCGCCGGAACGACCCUCGAUCUCACUGGACUGAACAAGGGAACAAAGGUCAUCUUCGAAGGCGAAACCACCUUCGGAUACAAGGAAUGGUCCGGACCCCUUGUCUCCGUCUCCGGAACCGACAUCACCGUUUCAGGUGCCUCUGGCGCCGUCCUGAACGGCGACGGUGCCCGCUGGUGGGACGGAAAGGGCACGAACGGCGGCAAGACGAAGCCCAAGUUCUUCUACGCUCACAAGAUGAUCAACUCCAACAUCCAGAAUCUGAAGGUCAAGAACUCGCCUGUGCAGGUUUUCAGCAUCAACGGUGCUAGCGAGCUCACCCUGAACAAAAUCACCAUUGACAAUGCCGAUGUUAACUCCGGCAAGAACAUUCAUUUCACUGGUGCUACUUGCACUGGCGGACACGGUAUCUCCAUCGGUUCCGUCGGCGGACGCUCAGACAACACCGUCGACACCGUCAACAUCGAAAACUGCAGCAUCAGCAACUCGCAGAACGGUGUUCGCGUCAAGACCGUCUACGGCGAGACCGGCAGCGUCAAGGGCGUCACCUACAAGGACAUCACUCUUUCCGGCAUCACCAAGUACGGCGUCGUCAUUGAGCAGGAUUACAAGAAUGGCAGCCCGACUGGUACCCCCACCAACGGUGUCCCCAUUACCGGCCUCACUCUGAACAACGUCAAGGGUACCGUUUCUAGCAGCGCGACUAAUGUGUAUGUUCUGUGUGCUUCUGGCGCUUGCUCUGGCUGGAACUGGAGCGGUGUUAGUGUUAAGGGUGGAAAUACUAGCAGCAAGUGCAAGAACGUGCCUAGCAGUGCUAGCUGCUAA